AUGCAUGGUGUAGCUUACUUUCGGUCAUUAUGUUCAAUACAUGUGAAAAAGGUUUCCAUUUCGUUAACAUGUCCGCUCAAGAAUUUUCAAAAUAUCCGGUUCUAUGCUAUUCCUGGAGUUAAGACAGCUUAUGUGCGUGAUAAACCACAUAUGAACGUCGGUACGAUAGGACAUGUUGACCAUGGAAAGACUACUCUCACUGCAGCUAUCACUAAAGUUCUCGCUGAGAAAAACACAUCUAUUUAUCGAAGCUACGAAGAAAUUGACGCUGCACCUGAGGAACGACGGCGAGGUAUCACAAUUAAUGCAGCAGUGGUUGACUAUGCAACAUCCAAUCGGCACUAUGCGCACACGGAUUGUCCUGGACAUGCUGACUAUAUAAAGAACAUGAUAACUGGAGCUAAUCAAAUGGAGUGUGCUAUUCUGGUUGUUGCAGCGACGGAUGGUACUAUGCCUCAAACUAGAGAGCACCUAUUGUUAGCUAAACAAAUAGGAAUCGAAAGACUGGUUGUUUUUAUCAAUAAAGCCGAUGCAGCCGAUCCAGAGAUGCUAGAAUUAGUUGAGCUAGAAAUUAGAGAUACGUUGAAACAAUAUGGAUUCGAUGGAGACAAUACACCAGUUGUCAGUGGUUCUGCUCUUUGUGCACUGGAGGACCGGAAUCCCGAAUUAGUCCCCAUGCCAAAACGAGAAAAAGAUAAACCUUUCCUACUUCCCAUUGAACAUGUUUUCUCCAUUACUGGUCGAGGUACUGUGGUUACGGGUCGCGUAGAACGUGGAACACUAAAAGUACAGUCACCAGUAGAGAUUGUAGGUUACAGUCACAUUCUGAAGUCCACUAUCACAGGGAUUGAAAUGUUUCAUCAGCUCUUGGACCAAGCUGAACCAGGAGAUCAAGUUGGCGUUUUGCUGAGGGGAGUGAAACGGGAGGAAAUUAGGCGUGGUCAAUUUGUUAUAGAACCAAAAUCUCUUUCAAUGCAUGAUUAUAUUCAAUCUCAGGUGUAUAUGCUUUCAAAAAAAGAAGGUGGACGAAGUAAACCAUUCGUGAGUAAUCAUCAACUUCAUGUUUUCAGCAAAUCGUGGGAUUGUGCUGCCUACCUAGUACUUCCUGAGGGUAAAGAGAUGGUUAUGCCCGGUGAAGAUGCUUGUGUCAAUCUCCACUUCCAAAAGAAAAUGGCUCUCGAAGUUGGACAACGAUUCACUAUUCGUUCUGGCGGUAAUACUAUGGGGUAUGGUGUUAUUGGCAAAGUCCUGCCUGGUCCUGGUCCUGGAGCCUGGUCAUAA